AUGAAGGCAAAACAGACACAUAACAGGGAUAGAAAUUGUAAUCUUACAAGAUUUAUACCAAGGUCACGCACUACAAGAUCAGGGAUUAACUCUUUUACACUCAAUUUGCAGGAACAAAAGACUGAUAAACCUUACAAAUGUGAUAUUUGCGGAAAAUGUUUUUCAAAAUUGUCUUAUCAUACAGAGCACAUGAAAAUACAUACUGGACAACCUUUUCAUUGUGGUAUUUGUGGACUCGGUUUUGACAUGAAAAGUAAACUUUGUAAUCACAUAACAAAACAUAAGACUAAAAAACCUUACAAAUGUGAUGUUUGUGGUAAGCAUUUUUCAAAAUUGUCACAACAUAAAGAACACAUGAGAACACAUACUGGAGAGAAACCAUACAAAUGUGAUGAUUGUGAAAAGAGUUUUCAUAGAAGAAUAAUUUUAAAUGCUCACAAGAAAAUACAUACUGAAAAGAAACCUAUCCAUUGUGGUAUUUGUGGAUUAGGCUUUGACAUAACAAAAAAACUUCGUCAUCACCUAAAAAUACAUAAGACUGAAAAAUCUUACAAAUGUGAUGUUUGUGAAAAGAGUUUUAUUUUAGCACAUGAUUUUAAAUUUCACGCAAAAACACAUUCUAGAGAGAAACCAGACCAAAGUGAUGCUUGUGAAAAAUGUUUUACUACAACAAGGGAUAAGCUUAUUAAAUUUCAUAUGAGAAGACACAACGGAGAGAAAGCUUACAAAUGUAAUGUUUGUGAGAAGAGUUUUACAGCAGUAGGUCAUUUCAAAGUUCACAUCAGAACACAUACUGGAGAGAAACCAUUCAAAUGUGAUGUUUGUAAAAAAAGGUUUACAACAGCAAGUCAUUUAAAAGUUCACAUGAGAACACAUACCGGAGAGAAACCUUACAAAUGUGAUGUUUGUGAGAGGAGUUUUACAACACCAAGUCAUUUCAAAGUGCACAUGAGAAAACAUACUGGAGAGACGCCGUACAAAUGUGAUGUUUGUGAACGCUGUUGCUCUCAUCCAAAUUCUCUUAAGGUGCAUAUGAGAACACAUACUGGAGAAAAACCAUACAAAUGUGAUGUCUGUGAAAAAUGUUUUAUUUCAGCUAGUCAUUUUAAAAUUCACAUAAGAAAUCAUACUGGAGAGAAACCUUACAAAUGUAAUGUUUGUGAGAGGAGUUUUACAGCAGCAGGUCAUUUCAAAGUGCACAUGAGAACACAUACUGGAGAGAAACCGUUCAAAUGUGAUGUUUGUGACAAGUGUUUUACAACAGCAAGUCAUUUAAAAGUUCACAUGAGAAUACAUACUGAAGAAAAACCAUACAAAUGUGAUGUUUGUGAGAAGAGUUUUACAACAGCAAGUCAUUUCAAAGUUCACAUGAGAACGCAUAACGGAGAGAAACCUUACAAAUGUGAUGUUUGUGAAUGGUGUUGUUCUCAUUUAAAUUCUCUUAAGGUGCACAUAAGAACUCAUACUAAAGAAAAACCAUACAAAUGUGAUGUUUGUGACAAGUGUUUUAUUGCAUCAAGCCAUCUUAAAGUUCAUAUGAGAUCACAUACUGGGGAAAAGCUUUACCAAUGUGAUGUUUGUGGAAAAUGUUUUUCAACUGCAUCAUAUCACAAAAUUCAUAUGAGAAUACAUACUGGAGAGAGACCAUACAAAUGUGAUGUUUGUGGUAAAUCUUUUAGAACUGCAGCAUAUUUGAAUGUUCACAUGCACACCAAAAUACAUAUGAGCUUUAAUAUGAAAAGUAAACUUUGUGAUCACAUCAAAAUACAUAAGGCUAAAAAACCUUACAAAUGUGAUGUUUGUAGAAAGAGUUAUUCCAAAUUGUUGCAUUAUAAUGAUCACAUGAGAACACAUACUGGAGAGAGACCUUUUAAAUGUGAUGUUUGUGAAAAGAGUUUUAUCAGAGCUAAUCAUUUUAAUGUUCACAUAAGAGCACACAAUGAAAAGAAAAUUUUCUAUUGUGGUAUUUGUGGACUCGGCUUUGACAUGUCAAGAAAACUUUGUAAUCACAUUAAAAUUCAUAAGACUGAUAAACCUUAUAAAUGUGAUGUUUGUGGAAAAUGUUUUACUGCAACGGGUUAUUUAAAACUUCACAUGAGGAUACAUACAGGAGAGAAACCAUACAAAUGUGAUGUUUGUGCAUGGUGUUGUUCUUACCCAAAUUCUCUUCGGUUGCACAUGAGAACACAUACAGGAGAUAAACCAUUCAAAUGUGAUGUUUGUGCAUGGUGUUGUUCUUACCCAAAUUCUCUUCGGUUGCACAUGAGAACACAUACAGGAGAGAAACCUUACCAAUGUGAUGUUUGUGGAAAAUGUUUUACAACUGUAUGGCAUCAAAAAGUUCACAUGAGAAAUCACACUGGAGAGAAACCAUACAAAUGUGAUGUUUGUGAUAAGUGUUUUAAAGAAACAAAUGGUCUUAAAACACAUAUGAGAACACAUACUGGAGAGAAACCUUAUAAAUGUGAUGUUUGUGAAAGAAGUUUUACUACAGCAAGUCAUUUUAAAGUUCACAAGAGAACUCAUACUGGAGAAAAACCUUACAAAUGUGAUGUUUGUGACAAGCGUUUUCAUGAAUCAAGCAGUUUUAAAGUACACAUGAGAAGACAUACUGGAGAGAAACCAUAUAAAUGUGAUGUUUGUGGUAAAUGUUUUACUAUGGCCAGUCACUUAAAACUUCACAAAAGAACCCAUACUGGAGAGAAGCCAUACAAAUGUGAUGUUUGUGACAAGAGUUUCAAUGAAUCAAGAAAUCUUGAAGUACACAUGAGAAUUCAUACUGGAGAAAAACCAUACAAAUGUGAUGUUUGUGAAAAAUGUUUUACUACAGCAAGCCAAUUAAAACUUCACAAGAGAACCCAUACUGGAGAGAAGCCAUACAAAUGUGAUGUUUGUGACAAGAGUUUCAAUGAAUCAAGAAAUCUUAAAGUACACAUGAGAGUUCAUACUGGAGAAAAACCAUACAAAUGUGAUGUUUGUGAAAAAUGUUUUACUACAGCAAGUAAUUUAAAACUUCACAAGAGAACCCAUUCUGGGAAGAAACCAUCGAAACGUUUCAUCAACCAAAACUAA